UUUACAAUUCUCAGUCGUGUCUCCAUGAAACUAUGGCGCCAAACUGGAUGGCAGCAACAAGAAUUCCUACAGAUGACGAACCCCGUUUUCUUUCUUGAUUGCGGUGUAAUUAGAAUAAGGAUAGUCUAUUUAUUCGUUCGUUUUGUUGCUAGGUUGUAAUAGGGGGGAUAAUGAAAUGGACGUCGCAUCGAUUUAAUACGGGGCAAAGACACAAGUAGCAAGCAGCACUAGUUUUAAAUCCAUUACACUAUAGCUACGUUCAAUAUAUUGAUUGAUAAAUAAAGCUCCGGAGUGAAAAAGCAUCGAGAUUUAUCAUCGCAACAGUGUUGUGUAUCAAAUUGGACUAAAUACUAAUACCGAUGGACACGUAACAAUGUACUUAUGCAGGAAUUUUUGUGGUACCGGUGCUUAGCUGGAACAACGAUCUCCCAGCAGCUCCACGAGCAGAGUCCUCUCGUUUCACGGUGACAGCCAUAUGUUGGUAGCUGUUAGGUAGUUUUAUGUUGAAGAGCACUGCUGUGGAAGCUAUAGGUAGAUACGUUCUAGUCUAAACCACAUAUAUAGGCUCCCUUCGUCUUAGCGUCACUGUCAUUUAAACACUUGCUGUAUGUAUAAGGUAGUAUACCAGAGUGACGUCAACACCUUGUAUUAUCAGCCGACUUGCACUGAUGAACUUACCUUGAUGUAAAGCAGGUCACAGAGGAGACCGAUCGCGAGCUUGACCACUCGAGUGGACAAUUACAAUGGACAUAUCUGACUAUUAAAUUUGUGAAUCCAUACAUAUUUCGCUGAACAUUUCAACUUGCAUGUUAUUGGUGGGAUACUGUACUUUUCAUACGACAGGUUAGGAAAUUCGGACAUAGACACGGGAAUUCGGAGGGUCAUAUCAGUCACAUCAGUUCAGACGCCGACAGCAUGGCUUUGACAACUCUCAGCAAAGAUGACAAGAAGGACAAGAAGAAAAAGAAAGAGAAAAAGAGUAAAGACAAGAAAAAGGAUAAAAAAUUGCAAGAACCUUUUCUUGGAGGCGCCAGCAACAAGGGUGACAAGCCACUACGAGGCCGGCGGCAGCAUUCCAUGGAAAAUCACGUUGACGAUGGUUACCUGAGACACCAUAGCGACCAUCGGAUCCGCACACAACGGAGACAGGAUGCUGAUGCAGACGUUUGCUUCCACUGCCUUAGAAAUGCUCUCCACUGCUACAAUAUUGUCAUUCUUAUUAUGGGCGUCGGUGCCCUAGCAGUGGGGAUCUGGCUCCUGGUGACAGACUUUAGUGCCCGUGAAGUUUCUGUGGUGAUAGAUUCAAACCUAUUUGAGAUUGGGACAUACUUAAUUCUGGCAGGAGGAGGAUUAAUCGCACUAUUGGCUUUCUGUGGUUGCUGUGGAACAAUGAGGGAGGAUCGCUGUAUACUCGGAUUUUAUGGUGUGGUGUUGGUUCUUGUCUUCAUGGCUCUCAUAGUAGGAGGUGUAUUGGCCUUUAUGUUCAGGGAAAAUAUGACAAGUGAUUUUAAGGAAAAGCUGGUGAUUACCAUUGAAAAGCAAUAUGGAUAUGAAGUACGAUCCAACACACACAAUAGAUUGGUCACUGAUGCAUGGGAUUCAAUACAGAGAAAAUUGAAGUGUUGUGGUGCCUAUGGCAAUCACAGUAGUGACUUUUCCUGGGCUAUAUACAAACAGCACAGCGACUGGUGGGCUCGGAGACCUUCACGUGAUAAAUACCCUAUGGUACCUGACAGCUGUUGUGUACCUGAUAUGGACAAGGAGAAGUGUCAAGGGCGUGUCUUUAUAGAGGGCCCACCAAACAAAGGGCCGCCCUUCAAGGACACUCAUAAAGAAAAUCCGCAUUUAUAUACAGUGGGUUGUUAUGAUAAAGUCAUUGACUACAUGCUACAACAUUCAUUAAUACUUGGAGCUGUAGCCUUUGCUGUACCAAUAUUUUUGAUUGUUGGUACAAUAAUAGCAUUCUGUUUGUGUGCAAGAGUGAAAAAGGGAGACGACGAUGAAGAAGAUAUUUAACACUGCUGUAGUUGACACCUGUUUUUUUUUUAAUUUUUGGCUCACUUGCCUUCCGUCCAUAGGCACAAUGGCAUAUCGGCAUCACAGAAACGUGGCCACAGACUGGUCCAUUGCUCAAGCAAUGUGAUCAUGUGCCAACAUUUUGUCACUGCAAAACUAGACAAAAAUUGGCACAUUGGUCAGAAAAUAUGAUUUAAAGCUGUAACAGCUAUGUGGUAUACUGAUCCAUUGAAUGUGGCCAUGUGUGCUGACAAGGUAUCACGGCAAUGUGCUUACAAAUUGCCACAUUGCUCAGUCCAUGUGAUUUUGUGCCAUCAGUGGCAUCAUUGCCACAACAUGUAGACUAUGGUAACACAUGCAUUGUGUUGACCCACUCGCCUACUGUCAACACAUCUACCUGUGACAGAAGUGCAGCAACACGAGACCAUUUUUAAUUUUUUUUUUUUUUGCACGCGAAUUUUCCAUUGUUACUGCUGAAGCUGGUGUAUUGUAAUAGUGCUGUCAUUAAAUUUGGGAAGUUGCACUGGAUAUACAAGCGCUGAAUCAUAUCACUUGAUGGACAAUUAAUUUUUUGUUUAUUCAGACGGAAUAAGCAUCACGCUGUGUAGUUAAUGCAUUCCUCAUCACAGAAUUGGCGGUGUAGCUUUUGACAUUAGUACUUCUAGACUGUGAUUUUGGACCAGCAUUCGGUUGUUUGUGUUGAAAAUAUGAGACUGAAUUCAUUACAGACUCGAUCCAUUCUCAUACAAAGAGAUUCCAAGGAUAAACUGGAUUGAAAACAAAUAAUGAUUGUGAAUUUCAUACAAAUCAUUAUAGUGCUGCUUUGGGUUGUGGACAUGCACAUGGGAAAGGUUUCGUGGAAAUGAUAUUGCGAUAUGGAUAUACAAGGACUGUACUGGAUCAGACGCAUCACUUUCAUGGACUGCGAAGGACAUGAUUAAGUGGCAAGGAUAUUUACCUGUUCAGCUAUUCAUUAUCAUGGAGACUGGGCACAAUGCCUUUGUCCACAACGCUACUUCUUACAAAAAUUCAGAAACAAAUGUCAAAGAUAAUUGAAAAUUCUGAUAUCAAAAGUAAAAAGACCAGCCAUUGGUCAAAGGUUUGAAGAAGACACUGAGCUGAUCAGAACAUCAAGGAAUGAAGGAAACCGAACUUGCUCUUUCAUAAUUUAGAAGAUAGAACACAGAUCACAGAGUAAAGUCCAUAGCAACAACACAUGUGUCUCUACUUUAGAAUUAAGAACAGUGCCUUUAUACAGAGCAGCAUUAAACAUCCUGCAUAUUAGUGAAAAUAAUGGCCGUUUUAAUAGUAGUUUUACGUAGGACUUUACCCUAAAGGAUCAACAGCAUAAUUUGAUUUGUUAAUUGGAAAUUCAAACCAUUUAGACUGGGUUUUAUUGGAAUGAACCAAAAGAAAAUUCCUUAACAUUUGGAUCAUGAGUACUCGAACAAGGACAUACCAGAUGGAGAUAAUAUCAUUAGUUCUUUUAAUGAAGGUUUCAGGGAGUGCAUGUGCUAGAGAAACAAACCCUUUGAACACAGUUUUGUCCCUUGUUGUCUAGACAACCAGUAGUGCAUUUUGGAUCUUGUUGUAUUGAAAGUUAUUUUCAAUUACACCAGAGCAAUAUAUGAAACAGAAACGCAGAUAACAGGAGUCAGUUUAAAAGUGCAUAUAAGUGACUGCCAUAGUGCAACUUUGUAUUUGGAUAAGAUUGACCAAAUAGUGAUAUGACUUCUGUUAUCAAAAUCAUUGUUUUAUGGAGAAAGUGAUCCAAAUCAAGGAUUUCGCUGGAGUGUUUUUAAAGUGCAGUCAACAUAUAUCCUGUAUUUGGGUAUGGACUUUUGUGUGAAUAUUGCAAAACAAAUUCCUUGGGUCAAAUUCAGUGACCACCACUAAUUAUAUCAUUCCAUUUAGUCAUUAAGAUGGCUGUUCCUUUAAUGGUAAGCUGUUCUAAUACAUUCCAGGAAAUAUAUAUAUGUAAUAUAUAUGUAUAGUUGCAUAGAUAUACAGUGUAUAUUAAUCAGGAAAUUAACAGUGACAUCAUAUAUAUAUAUCUGUCUACUUUUCAUUAUUUAGCAAAUUGUGCAAAUUAUGAAAAUAUAUUAAUGUGAAAGAUUGAGAAAGAAGACUACGGCAAAAAGCAUUCUUCUUUACAUUGGAUAUGUGAGAUGAAGAAUACCCAAGCUGUACUUAAAGUCUGCCAUCUUAUAUAAAUGUACUGAAAUGAGAAGCUAUUUGUAUUGAGGUAACUAAACCAGGGUAUGCUAAUAUGAUUUUAUAAGCUGGUAGGUGAUAGUUAUGUUUUAAUAUCGGACAAGUUAAGUAACUUCAAUAUGACAGGAAUAUAAGAUUCUAUUUAUCACAUAAUUUGUAUUUAAAAAAAUAUAGGUAGUAAAAAUCUUGAUUUAAUUUCCAUCGAACACUGACAAAUUUCGACUCUGUUGAUUUGUUUUUUUGACUAUAAACAAAACAACGGUGAAUUCUACCAUAUUUCACCAUUUCAACCAAAGGAUGUUCAUGUCAAUCCUUAUUAAAAGAUUGUAAAUCCUGAAGUUCAAAGAUGAUGAUAUUUAUGAAAUGAGUACAAUUAUUUAUUUGAAAAACAGAACAGUCAUGUGAUAAAAACCUGUUGUUGUAACAGAACUGUUUGUGACAGGUUUCAAUUAACACUCAUUUCAACUAAACAACAUCUGAAGUUUUGCCUUCCUUCAAAUUUAUUUGAUUUCAUGAAACUGUUAUAUGUUACAAAACUUGAACUUGAAAAAAUGUAUUUCUUCAAACCAAAUCAAAGUAUGUUCAAAAUGCAAAUAAUAUCAGAAUAAAAAAAUAUAUAGGAACCUUAUCACUAUAUGGACUAUAUAAUUAUCAUGCAAACAUACUGAAAUCAACAGCUUAUGCAUUUGUUGGCAGUUGCAAGUUUAUGAGCCACACAUUGAAACAGUUAUUGAUGAACAUAUGCUAUGCUUCAAAGAUUUUGGAUAUGAACAUAGCAAUGAUGACUUCACCUCAACAUCUUUUAAAAUUAAUUGAAUGAAGAAACAUUGUUUUUGAUGCAUUAGUGUAGAGUUCUUGAAAUAGAAAUUAAAUAAAGUUCCAGGUGUAAAAUAUUUAAAUCCUAAUUUACAAAUACAACAUGUAUCAUAUGCAAUAUAAUACAAGACACAUGGUUUGCUACAUCAUCAUUGUCAUCAAUUAUUGAGAAUAAUUUGUACAUGCCUAAAAGUAUGCUAUUAGUUUCUUUUAAUUUUUUUUUAUUAUGAUUGAAGGCAGCACAGUACAAAAUGUGACCUUGCCAUAUACUGCAUUUCAUCCCCAAGGUCACUCCAGACAACAUAUCGUAACCCCAAUACAGUUUAUCCAUUAGCUAAAAGUACUGAAAGUUCUGGUUGGUCCUUUUACAUAUACAAUUGAAAAAAGAUGGGGAAAUCUGAAAGAAUUUUGAAUUUACCACCAAAUAUUUUUUUGUUCAUGUUCAAUUUUUUAAGCUAUAAUGUUAAGGAUUAAAUUGAUUUGCUUUGAAAGCUGUGUUAAAAAAUUUUUGUUAAAAAAACCAAAAACCUGUGAAAAACUUUUUUUUUAAAUGAACUGCUAAAUUUUAUUUUAUUUUCCUGUUCAUUUUAAAAGGCUGAUUCUAAGAGGCAUUAAAAUAUUAAGGUACUAACAUAGAAAAAAUUAUAUGCAACUUCAAUCAUAGCUUAUGUGGUCAAAACUUGAAUUAUAAACAUUUCAAAAUAUUUACUCUACAAACAACUUUUCCCCUUACUACUGUUGUGCACAAAACCACUUUCUCUUAUAAUCUUCUAUCUCGAUAACAUUUCUCAUUUCACAUUUCAUAUUUCUACAUGUCUCAUGAAUUUUGAACAAAAAAUGUUUUGCAAUUUUAUAAGAAAAAACCCUUGAGAUGUUUUAAUCCAUGUGCCUCUUCUUGAACUGGCGACCUCAGUGGAUAUAAGCAUUGGGGUUGUGUACUUGUGUAUAUAUAUAUACACACUGUAGCUUUUUUCAUACAUUAACAUAAACAUCAUAUAAAAAGCAUUUAAAUGACUGAGGAAGUCUUUUUUAUCACUUUUGAUUUUUUUUAAUGUUAAAAGACAUUUUUUGUACAUAAGAUGUAAAAUAAUUGAAAAUUUCAACUUUCCAUUGUUUUGACUUGAUGUGAGAUCAGUUGGGCGUGAAAGUUGUAUUAGCGAGAUUACUUCCUACACCAGGAUAACAGCUAGAGCAGCAAUUUGGAAAGAAAUUUGGAAAAUAUGUUACAAAAUAAAUUAAUUUAGAAAAUCAAACACUGGUAAAAUAUCCAAUUAAAGUAAACAAUCUACUAAUGUGUUAUGAAGAAUUAAAAACUGGUGUCAGUGAUAUAAAAAAACUACCUGAAAAAAACAACACCUUUAUAAUGACUAGGUCUCGCUAUCCUUUGUAUGGUAACUAAGUUCUGUUGGUAUCUUGAUAGGAGGAUGAGUGAUAUUUUGUGUUGGAUAUAUGGUUAUACAUGUACAAUGACAUGUAUUGGUAUUUUUGAUGGAUGAACCUUGAUAUGUCGUCAUGGUCAGCCAAGAAACAUUAAAUGAUUUGUUUAAACGACAUAUUUUUGCAAGAGCAAAUGUAAAUGUGUUUUUACCCACAUGGAGAAAGAUGUGAUAUUUUUGAAGUUCAGAGACGUACAGUCUUACAGUUUUCAUCACAGCGGAGUGAUUGUAUCAAUUAAAACAUGGGGCAAUGUUAUUAAACUUUAUUACAGCAGACAAGGGUUCAUGAAACUAAAGAGGAAACAAUGGGUGAUUUGGCUUGGUGCUGAAUUCUGAUAUUGUAUAUAUUCGUUUUGGGGUUGCUUAAAAUCACAAAUUUGGUUUGUCAUUUGAGGUCAAAUGUGAACAUUACAUGAAGUCUAUAUAGGUGGUUACCUGCACAUGGUUAUAAAUUGGUUGACAUGUUACUAUGUAUAGAUGAAUGAAUGAUUGUUUCUGUGUGGUUACUAUUCAUGUUUCAUUACAAAACUAGUCAGUGGUGUGAGUUAUUAUUCAUUUUGUACAUUCUAUUCAUCCGGAAUCAUAAUUUAUCUACCAACCAGGUCCUAAGUGUGAGCAUGUAUCCUUUUGAUUGUGUUAUAAUGGUUGUGAAAGUCGUUUAGAGUUUAUACUUUGUUUUCUACAAUGAACAGAUUGACAUCUCAUUUGUAUAGAAGGAAACAGGGACAUGAUACAAAAUUUGAAAUUAUUUAACCCAAGACCAGAAAAACAUUUUAUUGAAAUUAACGACUGUUUCUUAUUCUGAAACAAGUGUAUGUGAUCCUGUUUCUCUCUUUGUUGUUAUGUUUAUUAAACAAUAGAUAGUAAUGAUUUAUAUUGUUGCAAUGUUACAAACAAAAUUAUUUUGAUUGUUAAAACAUAAUAUAUUUUAAUUGUUUUUUUUUCUCUUUAAUAUUGUAAUGAGGUAUGUUAUUAAUACACUUUUGACAUGAGAAAUUUUUAGCACUGGAACUUUUUUCAUUAUUUCCAAAGAAAAAAAUCAAUAUUUUUUCAAUUUUAAAACGAAAUUGAAACACAAACUCAUCGCAACCUUUAUUAUCGUUCCAGAAAUGAGAUAUUUGAGUUUCAUUUAUUAUAUAUUGUAGUGAUGGGGAAAAACAUCUUUGUAUGACAGUGCUCAAUGAAAAAAAUAUUCAAGUUAAUUGAAUUUUCUGAUUUUAUAGCAGAGUAUAUAGAAGCACCUGAAAUUGUGACUACUUGUACGUGUCGUGUAGAGGUCAGCUUGGUUGUGUGAUUAAUGUAAAGCUUCCCACAAUGAUACAAACACAUCAUGUGGGAGUAAUUGUCAACCUGGUCAAGGAAGUAGUGGUAUAUUAUCUCACUUAAAUCGCUUUCAUUCAUCAUUCAUUUCUGUAAGUGACAGAAGUUACAUACUCUUUAUACUAUCGUUUCAUUUAUAUUUGAUCAGAUUUUCGAUUUAAAAAAAUAAAUAUUUUCAUAAAAAUA